AGUCGGGAGGGCCGGGCCACGGGCGGCGGCGGCGCUGGAGUCGGCGCUGGCGCGGGUGCGGGCGCCAUGGAGGCCGAGCGGGAGCCGCAGAGCCCGCCUGCGGAGCGCAGCAGCGCGGGCCGGACGCUGGAGGAGGGCGCGCGGACCCUGGCCGAGUUCGCGGCGCUGCACGGCCCGGCGCUACGCGCCUCGGGGGUCCCCGAGCGGUACUGGGGCCGCCUCCUGCACAAGCUGGAGCACGAGGUUUUCGACGCUGGGGAGGUGUUUGGGAUAAUGCAAGUGGAGGAGGCGGGCGAGGAGGAGGAGGAAGAGGAGGCGAGGAAGAAGCAGCCUAACCCGGGCCGUGAGCUGUGCUACAAGGUCAUCGUGACCAGGGAGAGCGGGCUCCAGGCGGCUGACCCCAACAGCAUCUUCCUCAUCGACCACGCCUGGACGUGCCGCGUGGAGCACGCCCGCCAGCAGCUACAGCAGGUGCCAGGGCUGCUGCACCGCAUGGCCAACCUGAUGGGCGUCGAGUUCCACGGCGAGCUGCCCAGCGCGGACGUGGUGGCCCUGGUGCUGGAGGAGAUGUGGAAGUUCAACCAGACCUACCAGCUGGCCCAGGGGACAGCCGAGGAGAAGGUGCCGGUGUGGUACAUCAUGGAUGAAUUCGGCUCUCGAAUCCAGCACGCGGACGUACCCAGCUUUGCCACCGCGCCCUUCUUCUACAUGCCCCAGCAGGUGGCCUACACGCUGCUGUGGCCCCUGAGGGACCUGGACACGGGAGAGGAGGUGACCCGGGACUUUGCCUAUGGAGAGGCAGAUCCUCUGAUCCGGAGAUGCGUGCUGCUGCCCUGGGCCCCCGCCGACAUGCAGGACCUCAGCUCCUCCACGCCCGAGCCGCCCGCUGAACACUACCAGGCCAUUCUGGAGGAGAACAAGGAGAAGCUGCCGCUUGCCAUCAGCCCACCGGUGCUGCGUCCCCGUGACCACAUCUUCAGGGUCUACACGGACAUGCAGCAGGUGCUCAGGGCCCUCACCCACCCGCGCUUCACCUUCACCCAGAGCGAGGCGGACGCCGACAUCCUCUUCAACUUCUCCCACUUCAAGGACUACAGGAGGCUCAGCCAGGAGAGGCCGGGCGUGCUGCUGAACCAGUUCCCCUGCGAGAGCCUGCUGACCGUGAAGGACUGCCUGGCCUCCAUCGCGCGCCGGGCCGGGGGCCCCGAGGGCCCCCCUUGGCUUCCCCGAACGUUCAACCUGCGCACCGAGCUGCCCCAGUUUAUCAGCUACUUCCAGCAGCGGGAGCGGCGGGGUGAGGACAACCACUGGAUCUGCAAGCCCUGGAACCUGGCCCGCAGCCUGGACACGCACAUCACCAAGAGCCUCCACAGCAUCAUCCGGCACCGAGAGAGCACCCCCAAGGUUGUGUCCAAGUACAUUGAAAGUCCCGUCUUGUUCCUUCGAGAUGACGUGGGCAAGGUCAAGUUCGACAUCCGCUACAUUGUGCUGCUGCGGUCGGUGAAGCCCCUGAGCUUGUUCGUGUACGACGUGUUCUGGCUGCGCUUCUCCAACCGGCCCUUCGAGCUCAAUGACCUGGACGACUACGAGAAGCAUUUCACGGUCAUGAACUACGACCCGGAUGUGGUGCUUAAGCAGGUGCAUCAUGACGAGUUCAUCCCCCAGUUUGAGAAGCAAUACCCAGAAUUUCCCUGGAGCGGCGUCCAGGCGGAGAUCUUCCGCGCCUUCACGGAACUGUUCCAGGUGGCCUGUGCCAAGCCACCACCCCUGGGCCUGUGUGACUACCCCUCGUCCCGGGCCAUGUAUGCCGUUGACCUCAUGCUGAAGUGGGACAACCGUCCAGAUGGGAGGCGAGUGAUGCAGCCGCAGAUCCUGGAGGUGAACUUCAACCCGGACUGCGAGCGAGCCUGCAGGUACCACCCCACCUUCUUCAACGACGUCUUCAGCACCUUGUUUCUGGACCAGCCUGGCGACUGCCACAUCACCCGCCUCCUCUAGGCACUUGCUGCCCCUCCAACCUGUGCUGGGGGCGCGGAUUCCCACCUCAGUUCUCUGAGCUGCUUCUAAAGGCCCCACCCUUCCCCCCCUCCCUCGGGCCCCAGUCCCCAGCCCCAGGCCUCUGUCCUCAGCCAUGGUCCUGGCCUCACCCCAGGAGCUCAGGGUCCUUCUCCCACCAGAGGGUCGGAGCAGGACAGCGGUGGUGUCCCCGGGGCUGAGCGCUGCCCCAUCUACUCCCCUCACCACCAUCUGGUGAGUGUCCCCGCUGCCAGGGCCAGCGGCAGAGGGUGUGGGGGAAGGGCUGUGCAGGAGCACGGUGUCCUCAGAGUCACGGCUCCCUAGGGAAGCGCUGGGGACCCUGCCUCGCACAGGGCUGGGCGGGUCUCUGUCCCAGAGUCUCUGCGCUCGUGCACCGUGGCUCCCCUGCACGGGUGUCGGGCUUCACGCGCUGCCUGCAGGGCUCUGUGAUGAGUGACCCCGAACAGCCUGGGGAAGCUGCCGGCCAGACCCGCCUUAUCGCCACCCCCAGCUGCCCAGAACCUUCACCAGCAA